AAAAGCUGACCUAGUUCCCCCCUCUCUUGCUGAGCUCGCUAUCUCUCCCAUCAUUCAUCAGAAGUGGGCGUAGGCUAGGUGGCAGCAUCACCAUCACCACAUCAGGCACCACACUAGGUCUGCUGCUACCUCUCCUGCACUCACUAUCACACUGGAGAGAGGGAGACAAGCGGGACGAGAUAUAGUGUGCAGGAGAAAAAGAGGGAGGAGGAGAGAAACAGAGGGAGGGUGUGUGUGAGAAAGAGAGACUGUAGGGAAGCCUAGCUAGGAGGAAGAGAGCAAAAAAGGAAGGGUAAAAGAGAUAAGGGGGCCAAACGAACAACAGGAUGGCAGAGCCGGAGCUGAAACCAUGGAACAGCCAGGAGAGCUUGAAGACGGCAACCGAGGGCCAGGAGAAGAUGGAGGCUGAGGCGGCUCCGGACAACACUGACCAGCCUCCGUCGCUGGACAAGCUUCCAUUCAAGCCUGCCUCCCCAUCCACCCCUACCCCUACGGCUGCUGAUGCCAUGGAAGCCACCACCCCUACCGCAGAGGCCUCCUCCCCAGCCAAGGCGGCAGGCGGCAAGAUUGAACUGAAGCGCAGCAUCACGCUCUUUAACGGUGUGGGCAUGAUCAUUGGCACCAUCAUCGGCUCGGGCAUCUUCAUCACACCCACCGGGGUGGUUAAGGAGGCGGGCUCGGCCGGUCUUUCGCUAGUGGUGUGGGCCGUGUGUGGUGUGGUGUCCACCAUGGGCGCCCUAUGCUAUGCCGAGCUGGGUACCACCAUUACCAAGUCGGGCGGAGACUACACCUAUAUCCUGGAGGUGUACGGUGAGCUGGCCGCCUUCCUCAAGCUGUGGGUGGAGAUGCUGAUCAUCAGGCCCUCCUCACAGUACGUGGUGUCAUUGGUGUUCGCCACCUACCUGCUCAAACCCCUCUACCCAAACUGCAGUGUGCCCGAUAGUGCCGCAAAGCUCAUCGCUUGUCUUUGCCUCACAUCGUUGACCUUUGUGAACUGCAUCAGCGUGCGGGCUGCCACCAAGGUCCAGGACUUGUUCACUGUGUCCAAGCUCCUGGCCCUGAUCAUCAUCAUCAUCUUCGGCUUCAUUCAGAUCGGAACCGGUGAUGUGCCAUACCUGACACCAGAAUUAGCAUUUGAAGGCAGCAAAUGGGGAGUCGACAACAUUGUGUUGGCUCUAUACAGUGGACUUUUUGCUUUUGGUGGAUGGAAUUACCUGAAUUACGUGACAGAGGAAAUGAUCAAUCCAGAGAGAAACCUGCCCCUGUCCAUCAUUAUCUCCAUGCCCAUUGUGACCGUGGUGUACGUACUGACCAACCUGGCCUACUUCACCACUAUCCCCCCGAGUGUGAUGGUUGAGUCCGAGGCAGUAGCUGUGAUCUUUGGGGAAUACCAUCUUGGUGUGAUGUCCUGGCUCAUCCCUGUCUUCGUGGGCCUGUCCUGCUUCGGAGCUGUCAAUGGAAGCCUGUUCACCUCGGCACGGCUGUUUUAUGCUGGCGCUCGAGAGGGUCAGCUCCCUGCUGCACUGGGAUUGGUCCACACGGACCUCUUCACCCCAGUGCCCUCCCUAAUUUUCACAUGUUUCCUGUCCAUGCUUUACGCCCUGUCCAAGGACAUCUUCUCGGUUAUCAACCUGUUCAGCUUCUUUACCUGGUUGUGUGUGGGCAUGGCGAUCGCCGGCUUGCUGUGGCUCCGCUGGACCAAGCCAGAGCUCAGGAGGCCCAUCAAGAUUUGGUUGGUGGUCCCUGUGGUGUUUGUGCUGGGCUGUGUCUUCAUGAUCGUGGUGUCCUUCUGGGCAGCUCCCUUCGAGUGCCUGAUAGGCAGUGGGAUCAUCCUCACUGGUAUCCCCGCCUAUCUUCUGGGGUACAAGUGGAAGAAGCCCCACAUUGUAAAGAAGAUCUUAGAGAUCUUUACUCUGUUCUGCCAGAAGAUUUUUAUGUCCGUUCCAGAAGAACGUGAAGAGAAGGAGUCAGCUGAAGUAGCUGAAGAAGUCGAAACAACAAAGGAUGACUGAGUCAAUGUUUUAGUUGGAACAUUACAUGUUUACACUCAUUGUUGCUUCUGUUACAGAGUUCCAUGACUCUUGGUAUAGUAGGGGUUUAUGCAAAUUCCUUCGGUGUAAAUAUUUUGUAUUUUACAUGCAUUUUCUUACUGUGUUGUCUCUUUGUAUUCUCUCCAGCAAUUCAAUUCCACUUUUCAGUGAUAUAGUUUACUUUCAAACUUUUUCACAAUUUUCCUAAACUAACCUCUUUUACAUUUCAUAUGUUUUAACCUAUUUUGCACAGUAUUCAAUAGGCCUGAAUUAAGCUAAAAAGGAAAAUCUAUUUAUAUUAACAAAAGUCAUAUGUGUUGGUAUGUUCUCUAGACAAUCAUCCAAUCAUCUUUGAUAAUACGUACAAUACCCUGCUUUGUCUUAAAACGGUCUUCAUCGAACUAAAGAUAAUUUUAUAUUUGACUUAUGAAUUAUAUAACUAUUAACCCCCCCUUUAACUGACGGUAUGUCUUUAACUGUAGUUGAAGGAACUAGCUACUGGUUACCUAAAUUGAUUGAACAAUGGCCAUCAAUCUGUGAUAAACCCAUUAUUUUAUUCAGGUAACUCAUACCACACAUUCUGUAAACUACCUUAAUUUCCCUUUGACAUGAUUGCACUCAUGAUAACAAUUAAGAUUUUAACAUCUAGUUGUGCACUGUAUUGCUACAAUCAAUUUUAUAUCCAUUGUUUGGAACACAGUUAUAUCCCAUUCUCAAAUUCACUUUGAAACAUUUUCAAAUAACCAAUUUAUUUAUUCGACAGAUUACUAUUUGAAGCACAUUUGUGCAAAGUGGAUUUCUGAUAUGAUAUCUGAUGUGUUGCUUGUAUUGAUACCCAAUGCCCUGUAUACAUAAAGGCAUGUCAAACCAUGCUUUUAUGAAAUCUACCGGUUUCCAUACAUUUAAAACCAUUAUAUUUGGUGAUUACAUUUGAUGUUUUUUUAUUGUUUGUACAGAUACCAUGACAGAAAUGUGAUUAUCAACAUUCAGCCAACAUGACAAUUUUGCUACUGAUGUAUACUUUUGUCAUGUUAUGAGUAUCAUAAGUGGAUAUUGAAGGGUCUUUUCUCUUUCAAAUGAGCGAUUACUGCAAGUACAGAUUUAAGCCCAGUCCAAACCUUUUCUGACCCCAAGCCAGACCAGUUCAAGCCAAAAAACAAACAUAAACAAAACACCUAAUGGCACUAUUACAAUCCGUAUCGCUGAAGCAUUACAGAUUUAGCAUUAGAAAUGUGAAGGUAAUUUCUGAUUGAGCCGACAUAUCCAGAUUUUACCAUGAAUGCCAUCCCUGCCAACACGGGAACAAUGCAUUUACAUUUUUGUUGGGCUUUAGCACUACAUUUUCGUGAUAUGGGUGGAAUAGAGCCUUAAUGAAAUUCUGGAGGCACAAAAUAUUAGCACAAACAUGUACAAGUUACUGAAUUAGGUACACAAUGCAGUAUAGAAUGUUAACUGCUCCUAUUCUUCUUUUUUAAAAUCCUCAUUGAAUUCUUGAAUCGCUGGGAAAGUAGGGACAAUAGCACAAUAGGUCACUGGACUUACAGAAAGCACAAACUGUGAAGUAACUUGACAGAUAGAGUAAAGAAGGAAGUUUAGGGAAUAGGGACGUUUAAAUGGAUUACUGAUCGCUUUGUCAUGUAAGAGUAUAUUCAUGACUGCCAGCAUGAAGGAGAAACUGUCGGGGUACCUUCAUAUUUUUGUGGCCCAAAAUGCACCGCACAACAUAGUUCAGGUGUGUACAAAGUCUUGCGUAUUAUGUACGAUAAAGCCUUUGAAUGUACUGAAUGUUAUGGUAUAAUACUUUUUAUUAUUUGAAUCGGAAGAAACAAUUGUACCUCUGUCAGUUAUUGUGACUUAAAUGUCAGUGACCAUGGCGGGUAUGUACAAUAACCAUUAAACUAUUUUUGUUCAAAA